AUGCUCCCGAGUCAAGUGGAAGCAGCUCGCAUCUUCACAUGCGACUGGCCUGCCGAUCUGCUUCAGCCGUCAGACUUGGUCCAGAAGACGGACGACGAGAUCGCUUUGCUCCUAUUCGAAGGAAUCAAGAGAGAUCUCUUGAGAACGCAUGAUAAAAAGAAAGUAGACCGGCCGAUUCUCUUCAUCGCUUCCUGCCUUGGGGGAAUCAUCUUGGCAAAGGCUCUUGUGGGCGCCGAUUAUAAAUCCAGCAGCUAUUAUAGUCUGAGGACAGCAACACGUGGGAUUAUCUUCCUCGCCACCCCGUUUGGAGGGACUUCGUUCGAAGACGUAGCUAUCUGGGCAGAUCCAGGUCUGACCGUAUGGGCUCUGAUCCGUCGCCGAGAACUGGUUGACAUGAGGUCAGCAAUCCUUCAAAUCGUCCUUGAACCGCUGCCGCUCGAUCGAACCCACCGCCUGAUGAACAAAUUCGACGGCCCUAAAUGUCCGGACUACAAACAAGUCUCUGGAAAGAUUCUAGAGUUUCUCACGAAGAUAUGCGGACACCAGGAUUCGCAAUGUGCACUAUUCGCUGAACGGCUCAAAAUUGAACGACUAUCGGGCGACCUGCUACCGAUGGACAGAUGCUACAUCAAUCUGGCCAUUGUCGAGUGGCCUAGCGAUAAUGCAACUCACGGAGGAAAAGGAGAUACAGCACAACAGUCUUCCCCGUUUUCGCUCCUCGCCCGACUAAAUGUGGAGACACCGGACAAGACGAUCGAGGUCACGCUGCCGACGCUGUUUGAGCCCCGCAAGUCACAGGACGGCCAGAAGAAACAGCCAAGUCGCAUCCUGAUCCGUGGACGGGCAGGAGUGGGUAAGACUACUCUAUGCAAGAAGAUUGUCCAUGAUUUUAAAUACAACAACCUAUGGCAGGGCUUGUUCAAUCGCGUGCUUUGGGUACCACUGCGGAACCUGAAGGUGGAAAAGAGACAGAGUGCCGGAUACAACUUCCGGGAUUUGUUUUACCAUGAGUAUUUCUCUCAAGAUCUCGAAGGCCGCGAGCUCUCCGAAGCAUUGUGGCGCGCCUUGAAGGACACCAAGAGCGGCAGGACUUUGCUCAUCCUCGACGGCUUCGACGAAGUGUCACAGGGCCUAGGCGGUGACAUGUCCGUCUUCCUCGAAGAGCUCUUGAAUCAGCCAAAUGUCAUCAUCACUGCCCGGCCCAACGCACGGCUUCCUCCUCGGCUAGAUCCUCUUGACCUCGAGUUGGAAACCAUUGGAUUCUACCCGGACCAAAUCACGGCCUACAUUGAAAACACCUUUACCGAUCGAGAAACGCGCGAACGCGAUUUGGAAAAGAUCAAAGAGGUUCAAUCGUUUCUGCAACGCCAUCCGCUCAUGCAAGGUCUAAUGCGUAUCCCGAUCCAGCUAGAUGCGUUUUGCUACACCUGGAAUGGUUUUCCUCGGGAAGGUGUGCCGGAGACCAUGACAGCUGUCUACAAAGCUAUCGAGGCGAGUCUGUGGAAAAAAGAUAUCUUGAAGCUACAGAAAAAGAAGGAUGGUGAGCCUCUAACGGGAGACCAGAUUAAGAAGGCUAGCCGGAAAAAGAUUGAAAGCUUCGUGGAGCAGGAGCUCAGAUUCCUUGAGUGCCUUGCCUUUUUGGGGUUCUAUGACGACGUGAUAGACUUCGAUUGGGAACUUCGAAACGCUGUUUCUGAUAGAUUUGCAUCAGAUCUCCUACUUGAUAAAGAUCUGCCUUGUCUCUCAUUCCUACGAACGUCGGACCCUUCAUCAAACGAUCAAGAUCGAAAUUACCACUUCUUACACCUCACGUUUCAAGAGUAUUUUGCAGCACGGUAUUUCAUUCGACAGUGGAAAGAUAAACAACAGCUCAACUGUCUGCAACUCAGCCGUGACAAUUGUAACAAUAUGGAACCUGCCACUUUCCUUGAGAAGUACAAAUACGAUCCUCGCUACGAUAUCUUCUGGCGCUUUGUCGCAGGAUUACUCGAUGCCGAUGACAUGGCCCUCGACUUCUUCCAGAUGAUUGAGAAGGAACCACGCGAUCUCCUAGGACCUACGCACCAACGCCUUGUCAUGCAUUGCCUGAGCGAAGUUGAGCGGAAGGAGUCAAAUUUCACGGGACUUCGAGCGAGGCUAGAAAACCAACUAGAACAGUGGCUACUGUUUGAAUCCGAUUCUACGGGGAAUUCCAAACUAGUCCAUGAAAUGGAGUGUCCGGGGCAGGUCCUGUCCAAUGUAUUAACGCAAGCAUCUGAAGGCGAAAGAACGGUUCUUCUCGAAUCACUAUCUAAACGAACAGCAGUGCCGUUCAAUGUUAUAAAAGUCGUAUUUCCCUGGCUGACCAACCGCACCUCUGCACGCCAAUGUGCUGCUAUCUUGCGUAUGUUAGGAAACCAGCAUAAUAACUUACCGGACAAGAUCCAUCAAAGCAUCGCAGCACGGCUCAAGCAUGAGAACGGGAGCGUCCGGGAGGCAGCAAUCGAGGCGCUUCGAGGCCGCGCCGACCUCCCUAACCAGGUGCUCCAAAGCAUCGCAGCACGGCUCGAGGAUAAGGACAGGGGCGUCCGGGAGGCAGCAAUCGAGGCGCUUCGAGGCCACGCCCACCUCCCCGACCAGGUGCUCCAGAGCAUCGCAGCACGGCUCGAAGAUAAGGACGGGGGCGUCCAGUGGGCAGCAAUCGAGGCGCUUGGAGGCCGCGCCGACCUCCCCGACCAGGUAUUCCAGAGCAUUGCAGUACGGCUCGAGGAUGAGGACGGGGGCGUCCGGCGGGCAGCAAUGAAGGCGCUUCAAGGCCGCGCCGACCUCCCCGACCAGGUGCUCCAGAGCAUCGCAGCACGGCUCGAGGAUGAGGACUGGCACGUCCAGUGGAAAGCAAUCGAGGUGCUUCUAUAUCAAUCAGCAUUAUCGUUAGAUGUCCUCAUCCCACAUAUCCGAUCCUUUUACGACGCUUUACUCCAGGAGAGCUUCAGGGAGCAUUUAUUCUGGUACGCUUCGGAAAGAAGUUUUAUAGGGACUAAUCUUCGCCAUAUCUAUUUAACUAGCGAGCAACAUAACGGUAAGGAGGUGGUUAGGAAGCUACUGUUAGAGAAGGGCGCUGCCAACGUAAAUGAUAGACGCAGAGCGCUACUGUCCAUACUAAGUUACUAA